UUGCACAUGUUAAUUCCCUCUGGUGUUGUUUCAUCAGGAGUGCACUGUCCCUGGUCUGCAGACAGACUCUGAGUGGCCACAGACAGUCUCCUUAUGUCCGGGCGUAACGGGUCUGCAAGUGAUGCAGACUGUCAGAUCUGUGAGGACCGCGACCAGGACAUGGAGCUGAUGGAGCUGGGGCCACUGCUGGAGGAGGGUGGAGCCAGGGGAGGGGCCUCAGAGGGAGCGGCCGCUCUCGUGGACGAUGAUGACGAUGAUGAAGUCGGGGAGGUGCUAACGUUGCCUCUUCAGGCUCAUCACGCCAUGGAGAAGAUGGAGGAGUUUGUGCAUAAGGUUUGGGAGGGGCGCUGGCGGGUCAUCCCUUUCCAUGUGCUUCCCGAGUGGCUGAAGGACAAUGAUUACCUGCUGCACGGUCACAGGCCCCCCAUGCCCUCCUUCAGAGCCUGCUUCGGGAGCAUCUUCAGGAUCCACACUGAGACCGGAAACAUAUGGACUCAUCUAUUAGGUCUGAUCCUGUUCCUCUGCCUGGGCACGCUCACCAUGUUCAGGCCAAACAUGUACUUCAUGGCACCUCUGCAGGAGAAGGUGGUGUUUGGGAUGUUCUUUUUGGGGGCCGUGCUCUGCCUCAGCUUCUCUUGGCUGUUCCACACCGUCUACUGCCACUCGGAGAAGGUCUCACGCACUUUCUCCAAACUGGAUUACUCGGGCAUUGCUCUUCUGAUCAUGGGCUCCUUUGUUCCGUGGCUGUAUUACUCGUUCUACUGCUCUCCUCAGCCACGCCUCAUCUACCUCUCCGUCGUCUGCGUCCUCGGCAUUGCUGCCAUCGUUGUGGCGCAGUGGGACCGCUUCUCCACACCCAGGCACCGGCCCACCAGAGCAGGAGUGUUCAUGGGCCUGGGUCUCAGUGGGAUUGUACCCACGAUGCACUUCACCAUUGAGGAGGGGUUUGUCAAGGCGACCACGGUGGGGCAGAUGGGCUGGUUCUACCUAAUGGGGGCGAUGUACAUCACUGGAGCCGGUUUGUACGCGGCCAGGAUCCCAGAGAGAUUCUUCCCCGGAAAGUGUGACAUCUGGUUCCACUCUCAUCAGAUUUUCCACGUUCUGGUCGUUGCCGCAGCAUUCAUUCAUUUCUAUGGCGUCUCGAACCUUCAGGAGUUUCGUUACGGACUCGAGGGCGGCUGCACGGACGAUACUUUACUUUGAGCGACUGUGACCUCACCUCAUCACAACGCACACUAACCAUUUCAUUACAGCACACAUCAGGGCCUGACAUUAAAAUGCACUGUGGAACUUUUCACGUGGAGGGUCAGCCACCUGCUUGUCACCAUGGAGAUGUUAUUGCUUUGCCUCUAAUGCCCCACAGUAUGGCAUUAAACUUGUGUGUUUAUUCAAUUCCAUACAUUUUUAUUGCCAGUAAAUACUUGUCUGGGUGACCUGCUUGUCUCCAUUGAUAAUGAUACUGUAAGUGUAAUGCCAUACUAUGCAACAUUCUCUUAGCAAAGCAAUGACCUCUCCAUAGAGAUGAGACCGUGGUGGACCAUAACAAUAGCCAAAUGCUGGUAUUAUGAAUUUUGGCUACUGACACAUUCAGUCCCACUAGUCACUUUGGCCACUUGAAACCUGACCUCUACUGUAUAUUCUGUAUACUACUAUCUAAGCCAUAUUUAAAAACUCAAAAAAUUGAUCCCUGUACAGACACUGAAUCUUUUUGCUCCCAACUAAUGGCUUAUAGUCUAAACUAGGAAUUGGUGAUAUGGGAAGAUCUAGUCUAUUAUUGCUACCAGUGAAUGAUUGGAUUUUCCACAGAUAUUGGCAUUGGCUCGAUAUAAAAAAUGUAGCCGAUAUUUGGCACCAAUAAUUUUUCUUUGCCCGUCUUUUUGAGCCCAUAUGUCAUUCCCAAUUAGUUCUAAAAGACAAAUCUGAUGCACUGAGGACUGUGAUUAAUGCAUAAACCUGGAAAGAGCAGUUGAACUCAAACAAUUAUGCAACAAAUAAUUUUAUAUACAAGUUAUUUUGUGAAUUUAACUUAUAACUUGGUAAGCCUGUGGACUUUGCAAUGGAUUUGAAACUGUUCAUAUCGAUAUCUACAAAUAUCGGUUACUGGCCACAGCUGCAAGAAAAAUAUCCGUAUUGGCUCAAAUAAUCCAUAACAUCCCAUCCCAAACAAAGAUUUUAUUAUAUAUAAAUUAGACACCAAGUGACAUUACAACCAUUACAGCCUACCUUAACAUACCUUAAUUAUAUCUUGGUCAGUAACUUUUCAAACAUAUUAGCCAUAGUGGCCAGUGGACUCAAGAGUUAAUGUCAUGCCCUUAUUUUACAUAUAGGCAAACAUGCAUACAUAAAACAUACAAUCUCAAAUACUCAAAUCCACUCACGAUGCUGCUGGAACUUCCAUGUCCUCCUCUAUCCCACACUCCUACGUUCCUCUAGAUUUUGUUGUUUAUUUUGUUCCUUUUUUAAAUAAUCAAAGUCAGAAAGUAGCAUUACACUCCUUCAAAGGACUUCUGAAACUUGAAGUCAUUGGUCAAAUAAAUACCCAGAUGUCUUCUCAACCUACUGUUUCAAAAUCUUGUUACUGCUGGACAAAAGGCACAAUCUCUAGUCCAUAUUUUCUUCCACAAUCAUACUAAAAACUAAAUAUUUAUGCGAAUGAGAAAUACUUUGAGAAGAUUUGAUGGAAAAAGGAAAAUCUUUUGAAUAAUAAGCAAUUUUAUAAUUUAACAUGAAGUUGUUAAGUUUCAUUUGCUUUAUUCUCAAAAUGAUGAAUUCUUUCAGCUAAGGAACUACCAUACUGUAAGUCAUACUCUGUAAAGUAGCAGCUCACUUCAGGUUAAUUGAUUUUUGCGUGUCAAAUUAUUAUUAAUUUCUAGAAUAGUUCCUAAGCUUUGCACAAUGUACAGUUCUGACCCAACCCUUUGUGGCUUUGUGGAAAUUCGGUUUUGUGCUAGAGAUGUAGACACAGGUGUAAUUAUCCGAGGCACCUUGCGCUUUUUAAACCUGGACUUUUAUUCUUCCUGUGCCUUAGGCCGAUGGAAAUGUUUUUAACAAAAUGGCCGACACUUAGACGAGCCUCAGAUCCUUCUUUUUCUCUCCAUAACUUUCGACUCAAUCAUUUCCUAAAAUCCAGUCUUAGGUUGUAUCAACUGCUGUUUAAAAAAAUCCUUUUUCUAGAUUUGAGCUUUAUUACUAAAACAUGUGUAUUCUUUGUGUACUGUUCCGUGUAGGUUAUAAUUCAUACAUUUCUCUGAAAUGUAAACCUAAAUAUUUAUUAAUGGUAAUCUUGGAAAAUAUUGUAAUAAAUCUUUUCCACAUGUA